AUGUUCCGGCGCAAAAACACCUCGCGUGACUCUGUUGACGAUGACUCUGUCCAUUCCGCCACGCCAGCCACUCAAAAAUCGAGAAAACCGCCAAACACAGCCUUCCGCCAACAACGACUCAAAGCGUGGCAGCCGAUUCUAACGCCCAAAACGGUCAUUCCGCUACUCUUUGUGCUUGCAGCCAUUUUCGCUCCGUUGGGGAUCGCCAUCAUCUAUGCCACAUACAACGUGGAGAACUUGGUGGUAGAUUAUCUGCACUGUGGAUCGCUAAGCUCCACGCAGUUUGAGGCCGUUCCGCUGGGAAAAACAGACUGGCAUUUCCGCCACACGUCCACCAAUCCGGAUUUCAAGUGGAAGGUUGUCAAUGGCACCGAUGCGCAGGGUGAUUUAGCCCAGACGUGUGUUCUCCAGUUCACGUUGCCUCGCGACUUGGCUCCUCCGCUUUACAUGUACUACAAGCUUACGAACUUUUACCAGAACCAUCGUAAAUACGUUGAGUCGUACGAUAGCAACCAAUUGGCGGGCAAGGCGGUGCCUGUCGGCUCGUUGUCUUCCAGUUGUGAUCCUUUGAAAUCAAGCGGAAACAAACCCAUCUAUCCGUGUGGUCUUAUAGCCAACUCUUUGUUCAACGAUACUUUCUCCAGUCCUGUGCUUUUAAACGCCAAGAGUGGCUCCAAUAACGAAACUUACGAGAUGUCGCAGGAUGAUAUCUCGUGGAGUUCUGAUAUCAACCACCGCUACAAGUCCACACAAUACAAGCCGGAGGAUGUAGUUCCGCCGCCAAACUGGGCCAAGAUGUUCCCAGGUGGUUACAACCUGACCAACAUGCCCGAUUUGGCCAACUGGCAGCAUCUCCAAAACUGGAUGCGUACCGCAUCGUUACCCACCUUCUUUAAGUUAUAUUCCAAAAACACCACGACUACACUUUCCUCGGGAACAUACGAGGUGCAGAUCGGUUUAAACUACCCGGUCUCCAUCUAUGGAGGUUCUAAGUCAGUUGUCAUCACCACCAACUCCAUUUUGGGAGGCCGUAACAUGACUUUGGGUAUAAUUUACUUCAUUGUCGCUGUUCUCUGUUUGGUUUGUGGCAUUGUUUUCUUCUUGCAGUAUCUUAUAAAACCUCGUCGUAUUGGGGAGCACAACUUCUUGCAAGGAGGCCAGCGGGACGGUUCUUCUCAUGUCAGAGAGCAGUUGUAA